AUGGAUGACGACAUUACAUUCGGCGCAUCCGUCUGGGGCGCCCCGGAUGAUGUUCCACCUCCACUCACUCUGAAGCCACCGACUCUCGCCCCAUCCCCCGGGCCGUCCACGGCACAAGACGAUUUUGACGACUUCGACUCUUUCAGGACGCCUGCGGAGACCAUCGCUGGGUCAGGAGAUGAGGGUGAAGAUGAUGAUUUCGGAGACUUUGGAGAUUUCGAGGAAACAGCCCAGUUACCCAUUACGCCCGGGUUCUCGUCCUUCGGAGAAAUGCAAUACUCUGAGCCGGAAAGUAUCGCUGGUCCAUCUAUGAGCAUCGACUGGAAACCACUACAAGUCGCUCCAUUACCGCGCCGAGAUGAGCUGCAAGAGCAAGUGGACGACAUUCUGGGGCCGCUGUGGGCGCAGGACGAUACAUCAUCCUUAACCGAAGAGCCCAUACGAGAAGUCGGCGGCCUCAACCAAACGCUCGUCACACCACAAAGUCGUCAGUUGUAUAACGGUCUACUCCCUCCAACCCCUCCCUCCUUCCAACCCGUCAACUGGACGCGCUCGAGAAUACGGCGGCAACAUCUCAUCCACCUUGGCAUCCCCAUCAACUUAGACGAGGUGCUGCCUCGGACCAAUGGAGCAUUGCCAACCCUCGAGAUUACCACCCGCCCCAUGUCCGCACCUCCUGGGCCUCGUGGUGGUAUCAGCAAACUCGAAGUUGCAAUGAAUGGCGCGCGAGCCGGAUCGCGUCCGGCCACCCCGCCAUCGCGAAAUGCAACCUCGGCUGCUGCAGAGCUGCGUUUGGGCCCUAGACCUGACGUAGACGACCAGAAGAUCGAACAACUGCUCAGUCUUUCUCCAGAUCAACUCUCUCUAAUGCCGCUGGCGACGUUGGAGGGUCGGCUUGUAGAAGUCAAGGAGCAGACUGCGAAGUCAUCCGCGCUGCUGACAUACCUCCUGCAAACGCGAGACGCACUGCAGCAGGAUUCGGAGACAUACAACAAGCUCAUUGGAGAGCUCAUUGGAGAAGCGCAGAAGGCGAAAACGGGGAAGCGGAAUGCUGCAACACGACGAGGGAGUGGGAUGGUAUAG